GCACGCGAGCCAUACCGCAAAAGGGUUCGAGGGGAAAGAAGAGAGAGAGAGAGAGAGAAAGAGAGGUGGGCAUCGCGAGAGGGAGAGAGCUUCGAGUCCGGUGGGAGAUAAAGCGAUAAAGAGCAACGUGGGAUAGAAAGAGAGAAACAGAGAGGGAUAGAAUGAGGGUUUUGAAAGAGGGAAAGAGAGACGCGAAGCGCGCCAAUGAGAGGAGCAGCGAAAGAGAAAGAGGGAGUCGGAGCGCGCAUUGGGAAGAGUGAGAGAGAGUGAGAGCGAGCGAGCGAGAGAGCGAGAGAGCGAGAGAACGAAAGAGAGAGAGAGAGAGAAGGAAGGAUGGCUGGAAGGAGUGGGGUGGCAGAAGGGUAUGAGAGGAACCAGGAAAGGGGAAAGGGAUGCUGCGUGUGUUGGCAUGGACCAGUGCGUCAACGGCUGUUGCCUCACACGAACCGCCGAAAUUAUAGUUAGUGACCCCAACGGGUGUUCCGAAAUACACCACAGAGUACCGUAGCACGCCCAGAAUAGAAGCAUCACCGAAGACUCCUUACGGAUAUCGUUCUAUCAUCCUUCUGGAAUAUUGUUCACGAGUUACCUCGAGACAUCCCAAGAGGACCUUUCAAGGAAUCUCGAUGAUCCUGCCAAACCGAAUCCUAUCUUCUCGGAUAAUAUCCUCAUGAAAUCGUCUUUAACUUCGUUAACUGUGCACUCGGAGUUCUCAUAUCUUCUCUUUCAUAUAUUUCUUCUUCUUCUCCUUCUUCUUCUUCUUCUUCUUAUUAUUAUUAUUAUUAUUAUUAUUAUUAUUAUUUUAAGUGUGAACAGUGAACGAUUAGAAAUCAUUUUAAAAUUGAUAUCAGUGUUAGAUUUUUUUGUUUUUCUCUUUUCAUUACAUCGUUGACUCGUUUGUUUCGUAGUGUCAGAAGAAUUCGAGUCAUGUGGAUAAUGAACAAUCAUUAUUCGGAUUGGUGUUGUGUAAUCGCGCGUGUCCCUUGGAUGCAAUGAUUUUGAACGGUUUUAUCAGUGAUUAAGAUUCCACGUAUACGGAGUGUUAUUAAUACGAAGGGAAAUCUUUCGUCGGAAUUAUCAUCUUGUGCUAUUGUGAAUAUGUCGUGAUGUUUACGUUAAACAACGUCACUUCUUCAGAAUAAUAUAACAAAGAUGUCCAACAUUCGCUCAUACGAGAUAUUAAUUAUAGAGAAGAUCAUUCAUCGAAUUGAUUAAUCUCAUAAUAGAAGAAGAAGAAGAAGAAGAAGAAAAAGAAGAAGAAGAAAAAGAAGAAGAAGAAGAAGAAAAAGAAGAAGAAGAAGAAGAAAAAGAAGAAGAAGAAGAAGAAUAUUUCAUUCCUAAAAAUGUUUCUAAAAAUCAACCAUUUUCCUUCUGGACUCACUGAGAAUUCAUUUCACGAAUCUUUUCAAUGCUUCAACGACUUAGGAUACCAACGUUUCUAACUAUUCGUCCAUUGACAUCACGAAUUUUUAUUAAAACUUGUCAAAAUCAUAAACAAAGAUUCGCAGGGAUAUCGAAUAAGCGUGUCACGCUCUGCGUAUCGUUUUUCUCUAGAAGAGGCAACAAGCAACGAGCUUGCAUAGAGAUUCAAUGAGAAAACCAGACUCAUCAAACGUAAUAGACAGAUGACCCUUAAUAAACGUUCCAUGUAAUUCUAAUAAUUCCAACUAUCGUAUUGAUUUGUUCUUAUCAAAACAUUCUUUGCGACUACUCAUCCGAGCGUAGAGUUCGUAUACACUUGACUUUGACUUUGAGAGUCAGUAAUACAUCCGAGUCAGUAUCUCCCAUUAACGUAUACGACAUCCAACCAAGAGUUUCUAGUUUGAAAAUGAGAGUUUCUCUGGUUGCAGAUCUUCGUUAAUUCGUACCUAGAUUGUGUAUCCGGAAUCAUUCGUAAAACUUUGACCAUAGAAUGGGAGAGAAAAAGAUGAAGAAGUUGAUACCGUCGAAUGAGAAAUUAAAAGGGAUGAUGUAUUAAGAGAAGAUUUCUGCUUAUUCGUUAUAAGAACGAAAACGAUAAUGUUAAAUGACUGAACUGGCCGAUAAGAAAAUAUUCGUUAAGAAAUAUCAUUGGUGUUAUCAGAUGAAGAAAGGAUAAGAUUCUAAAGAUCAUCUUUUGGAAACUGGGUUGUUCGGUGGUUCGAACCGAAUGGAAGGAUGUUUCAUCCGGCGUUCUGACUGCCUAUGGAUAUAUUCGACCGUUGCAACGGCGGCGGCGGCGGAAGCACGGUAACCGGAAGCGGCGGCGGUGCUUCGGUGAGGACAUCGAGCAACGAGUCUGGCAGUGGAACGUCUAGCGGUGGAAGUGAGAGCGGCGGAGGAUCGUCUAGCAGGAUGCAGUUGACAGGAGCUUCGGCUCCUGGGGCGGCUGCCUCACCGGAGUCCGGCGUCUCGCCAUUGACGGACGCUUAUACGAAAAUGACCAGCGAUAUACUUGCCGAGAGAACGCUUGGUGAUUUUGUUAGCGAGCAUCCUGGCGAACUCGUCAGGACAGGCUCACCACAUUUGGUUUGUACCGUUUUACCAGCCCAUUGGAGAUCCAACAAGACGUUACCAGUGGCGUUUAAGGUAGUAGCUCUCGGAGAAGUCGGCGACGGUACAUUAGUGACGGUUCGAGCUGGUAACGAUGAAAAUUGUUGUGCUGAGUUAAGAAACUCGACAGCGUUGAUGAAGAAUCAGGUGGCGAAGUUCAACGAUCUGAGGUUCGUCGGUAGAAGUGGCAGAGGAAAAAGUUUCACCUUGACGAUAACAGUUUCAACAACGCCACCUCAAGUGGCUACUUAUACGAAGGCUAUCAAAGUGACCGUAGACGGCCCACGUGAGCCGCGAUCCAAGACCAUCGAAGAACUCAUCCAACAGCCAUGGCUUAGAUGGUCUACACAGAACAACUACGAAUUUGAAGUGCUGUCUCUUUUAGGGCAGCAGCAACAGUUUCACGCAUUCGCCUUUGCCUCGCAACGUGGAGCACCAUUUUUCGCAUCCCCACUGGUGGAUCCUCUACAGUCUCUACCGAAUCCUCUACAGCCGUUGCCGAACCCGUUACAACCACGGGAUCCUCUGUCGUCUUUCAGGCACGCGAUGCCUGGUAAUUGUCAGAACAUGUCUCAAUUCGGUUUGACGGCGAGCAACUCCUGGGGAUACGGAAGUACAGCAGGAUAUGCUGGGUACCUUCCUGGUCCUCUUUCGUCUUGCGCGGCACAAGCGUCUUUUCCACCCCCGCCACCUCCUCCUCCUCCACCACCACCACCGUCGUCUUCUUUGGCGUCCUUCGCUGGUACCGCUGCUAUGACCACGCCGACAGCUCCCGAUUCGACUGCGGGAUCGGCCGUCACUUCCGGUACUACCGGUACUACGCCUCAGCAGGAUGCUUUCACCGGGGUAUCCUCGUUAGUACCGGACACGACAACGCCAGGUCAAUCCGAUCCAUUGGAUCCAUUGAGCACACUCAUGUCCGGCACAACGAGUCAAAGAUAUCAAGACUACGUUUCUCCAAGGUCCUUGUCAACGGACUCAAGCACCACGGAGAGUCCUGUUCACGAGGAGCAAGGAUUCGGCCAGAACUACGGGAACUACUUUCCAACGCCAGGCGUAUUGCCAAGUAUACUUUACUCUCAGCUCUAUGGGAAUCAAUUCCAGAACUCGGAGAGUCCUGAACAGAGAGCAGUCACCGAGAGUUGUAGCGUUAGACAGGAAGAGGUUAGACCGGAUAAUAAUGUCUGGAGACCUUAUUGAGAGAGAAACGAGGCGUCGGGUCGUCAUUCCCGAUCGUCAUUGAGCGUUCAGACAUUUUAAACAGACUGUGAUAGGUAUUCAAUUUUGGAUUAAACAACGAGAGUCGUUAUCGACGAAGCCGGCUGUUAUUGUUUUUGAACAGAAGCCGAUGAAACAACGAGUCUCUAUUCAGGGCCGAUACGUGAAUGUUAUUAUACGUCUCCUCUUCUUCAUCGGGCCACAAAUUCGUUUUUAUUUCUUCGUUUCUCUUAAUUUUUUUUUUUUUUAAACCUAACUUUACUUUUCUUCCUUCCGUGGAGAUCUUUUCGAAUCGUCGAGAUCAUCGGAUUUUCGAAAGUACGAAAGAAAAAUAAUAAAAAAAAAAAAAAGGAAAAAACGCUUGGCUGUAAACGCACUCGUUUUCAGGAAUUCGUGCAUUAGGUGUUAAAUAAACUAUAGCUUCGCUACGGACCUCUUUCGAUUGUAUCUUCAAAUUGUAUCGACGAACUUUAUCACGAUACAAAGGGACAAUGAAAAGGUCUGUAAUUAAUUACGGAAAUGGCUCGUGCGAGCGAGAGUGUGCGACACGGUGCGGCGGUUGGUAUUAACGAUUAGGCCAAAUGGCGAUAUUGUAUAUAGUUGUACAUAGAUAAAACGUCUGUCGUUUCGUCGAAUUCAUUAAUCGACAAUGAUAAUGAUGAUGAUGAUGAUGAUUAUGAUAAUGAUGAUGAUGAUGAUGAUGAUGAUGAUGAUGAUGAUGAUGAUGAUGAUGAUGACGACGACGAUGGUAAUGAUAAUGAUCAUAACGAUGAUAUUGAUACUGAUAAUUAUGACGACGAUGAUGCUAUCGAGAUACGACGCGAGAGACAAUUUAUUUCUUUAUGUUUUCAUAGUAUAUAUAUACAUAUAUAUAUAUAUAUAUAUAUAUAUAUAUAUAUAUGUAUAUAUAUAUAUGUAUAUAUUUCGAAUGAGUACGAUAUUUAUAUCGUGGGACAUUUGUGCAAUUUCUCGUCGAGUUCAAUCUCGAUGUGAUCCGACGCUUACGGUGUUAACGUCCAGCGAAAAGUGAUCUCUUUCGAUUCUCAACAGAAGCGACAAAAAUUUGAUAAACGAAUUUUAUCUUAUGAAAAUAUAGGGAUAUAAAAAAAUAUAAAGAAAACAAAAAAGAAAAGACGACAACAAUAAAAUAACAUCGAACAAAAUUAAUGUCGUUCCUAGAGAGGAUAGGAAGAGAAUCUUUGUCGCAUAGCGAGCGAAUGAGAGUGAGAGAGUGCGAGAAUGAGAGUGUGAAAAAGGAAGCGAGAUAGAGAGAUAGAGAAAGAGAGAGAGAGAGAGAGAGAGAGAGAGAGAGAGAGAAAGAGAGACGAAGAACGACGGCGAUGUUCGUUCGUAGAUUACAAAGAAAGCGAUUCAACGAAGAAAAAAGGCUCUGCACCAGUGGUACGCUGCCGAGGACCUCACAUCGAAAUUUCCGUUAAAGAAACGAAAUUCGAAGUCUCGAAGCUCGGUUUUGCUCGCCUCGAGAAAUAGAUGAAUAAGAGAAAGAAAGAGAAAAUGAGAGAGAGAGAGAGAGAGAGAGAGAGAGAGAGAGAGAGACAGAAAUAGAGAAAGGAAGAUAGAUAGAUAGAGAAAGAGAAUGAGAAAAUCGACGCUCGAGAUAAAAAGAACGAGAAAAUCGACGCUCGAGAUUUCUUCUUUCAUUGUCAGCCCGAACUUCGAAAUUUUCCCCUGGCCGUCGGCGACGCUUAUUCGUUUUUCCACGCCGACGACGAAUACACAAACACACAUACACAUUGCGUUCACGAGAAUGAUUUCCGAUAUACAUAUCCAUUACCUAUUGUUAUCGUAGUUUUUGACCGAGUCGAAAUAAAAAGUGUAUUUCAAAAUA